AUGCCCGAAUUCCAAGAGGACAACUCAAUGGCUGAAGCCUAUCACAAUAUGCACAACAGGAGAGUGCAUCCAAGUGAUGGACGUCCGAACUGGGGCCGAGAAUUUGAAUUUUCCCCUCUCGAACCCGAUCCACCGUCUUACGAUAGCCAAACUGGGAUGAAUGGGAUGGAGAACAGGGAUCAGUCAGAUCGAUCCUCAUCCAUGCAUAAUGAUGCCCCUACACUUUAUCGUGAGGGACACUCGACACUGCGCGCUACUGGUCAUCAUGAUAAUGUCAGGGUCAGCAAUGGCCGGCAUGAAUCAUGUAUUUUCUCAAAUUCUCUGAAUUUGGAUUUGGCAAUUGACGUGAUUCGGAAGCUUGAAGAAAAGGCCUUGAUGCAGAAGAGCAGGGAUCAAGGCCGAGACUCUCCAGGGCCUGCUGAGGACGUUCAAAAGAUUGAAGAUAAGCUUAUACAAGAGACUGAAGAGUUAUAUCCUGUGCCAUCAGAGUUGCCGAGGAAUGUUUCUGGUGCUCGUUCUGCGAAUGACUUUUUAGAGAUGUCUCCUGUUUCCGAUGUCUCCGACUGCGGAGAAAAUGUAGGCAGCCAAGUUGCUGGAUCCCAGGUCAAUGAAGUACCACAUGGGAUCACUAUGGGCGGGAGGGUGCAAGCUGGACAACAACAAAAUAAAAAAAGAAACGCAUCAACUUCGGAGAGCUCAGGAAGAGCUAAGUCAAAGAAGUCGCGGCUCUCCGUCUCAUCGACGACCUCGAGUUCUUCUUCAAUAACAUCGCCGUCAUUGCUUUCAAAUGAUGAGUCAAGUAUUUCAUGGUCAUAUGAUGGUUCAUCGAGUGCACGUACAUCAAUCUCUUCGGAGAUGCCUGGACCAGUGAAAGCUGAGAAGAAGAAACGAGGAAGACCAAGAAAAUAUGACUAUAAGGUGGAGGAAGGUGAAGAUGAAAACAAAAUAAUGAAGAAAGAAACACAAAGACGCUCUAGAGGGAAGAAAAAGGAGACGGCAAAAGAGCAAAGAAGCAUUGUGCAUAAACUGUAUGCUUCGCUCAGUGUCAUUUCCCUUGACCAAUCUUCGAAUCUUCACGAUCUUCUUUCGCGACUUCUCGAUUCUCUCAAGCGCCUCAUUCUACUUCACCCAAAGUGUCCGAUGGCCAAGAAAAUGCAAGAAGCCAAGCCACCUCGACAAAAUCAAAACCUCAAGGUUCUGCCAAAGGAAGAGCAAGAAGAAAUUCGAAAAUGUCAAUUGCAAGAACAUCAAACGACGGACAGGAAAAAGAAAAAGAGAGAAGGAGAAAUGUUUUUCGACGAGAUUUUGCCAUUGGUUGACGAAUUGCGUCUGCUGUUGAAUGCAGGAAAUCUAUCCGCGGAGGACAGUGAUGUUGCUAAGAUUGUGCAAGAAAUUUGUGCUGAUAAACCUGCAAAUGAAGAUCCUCAAAAUGAUGAGGCAUCCUGUUCAAAAUGGAAGGACGAUAAUUUG